UACAUUUAUUUGUUUAUUUAAUUUUUCUUAAAAAAAAUAUUUGACUGAUUUAUUAUAUUAAAUUGCAUGUCUUAAGUUAAUUAAGACCGCGUACUGCUGCUGGGAAUAAUAGACGAAAAUUGGUAUAAUUGGAUCUCCCUUAUGCUUGUUUAGUUUAUUCAUUGUCUCAAAAUGAGCAAAACAACUCAUCCUACCAUUCAUUCUUAAAUUUACAAUAAACAAAGCAAACCCAUUUAAUUUGAUCAACCUCACAGACAUCCCUCUUUCACUGUUUCUCUCUGUUCGAUUAAGCGCCUGGUUCUUACGUUGAGGGGUUUAAAGAGAAUUUAUAUAUUAAGGUAGCAUGAAUGAAAACUAUAGCAAUGUAAGUGCUAGCUCCACCUCGAGUUUAAAUAGCAGUUCCCACGAUACAGAGGAUGAUCAAACCAUUGCAAGUAUCUUAGCGGAGGAAGAGCAACUCAAAAAUAACCGCAGGCUCGGGAAGAGGCUUUCUCAUUUAGAUUCUAUUCCACAUACUCCGCGGAUUAAUGGGAAUAUACCUGAUGUCAACGAUGCUUCCUUAGAUCAUGAGCGGCUGUCAGAAAGAUUGGCCACCUAUGAUUUAGCUGAACUGCAAAUGGAGGGUGAUGGGAAUUGCCAGUUUCGAGCAUUAGCAGAUCAACUGUUUCGUAGUCCAGAUUAUCAUAAGCAUGUUAGAAAGCAAGUUGUAAAGCAGCUUAAGCAUCAUCGAAAAUUAUAUGAAGGUUAUGUUCCAAUGAAGUACAAAAGCUACCUGAGGAAGAUGAAAAAAGCUGGCGAGUGGGGAGAUCACCUUACAUUACAGGCAGCAGCUGACCGAUUUGAAACGAAAAUAUGUUUAAUCACCUCAUUUCGAGACACUUGCUAUAUUGAGAUCCUUCCCAAAGACAAGAAUCCUACCCGAGAGGUUUGGCUGAGUUUUUGGAGCGAAGUGCACUACAAUUCAUUAUAUGCAACUGGAGAUGUUCCAACCAGAGCUCCCAGAAAGAAGCAUUGGCUAUUUUAGGCUGUUCACUUGACUUGGGUACGAGUUUAGUUUAUGCUCUCUAUUUUUUGUUUUGUUUCGUACAACAUAGCCUGUUUGUUGUAAUUAAUGAGCAUUGUAUAGGUUUCAUGGGCUACACGACAACUCCUUUGUAAUAUUCUACUUACUACUUACCGUAAUAUAUAGUAUUAAUUUGUUCUUUUGAUAGAA